CUGUGUUGACGUUUGAUACAGUUGUUCUUUGUUGGUAAAAGAAUAGUUUAAACACAAAAAUCGGUUUUAAAGACGAUAAAGAAUGAAAAACACGAGUUUUCGAGUGACUUGAGGCUCUAGCUGAAUCAAACGUGGUUCUAUGCAGAAAUAGAAAUUGUGAGGUUAUGUUAUAACAGAAUUUAUUAUGGCGAGCAUGUUUGGAUUCCCCUAUUCAAGGAUAAGCCCCUUCGAGUGCGAAAAUGCCCCCAUCGAGAAGUACCAUUGCACCCAGUGUAGUUACCAGACCAAACUAACCCUUCGUUUCAAACUGCACCUCCAAGACCACAAAUACGAAGGUUUAACAAAAGAAGAAUCCAUCCGCAGCUACGUUUGUCAAAAGUGCGACUUUGAAACCCACUUCGUAAUGAAAUGGCUUCAGCACGCCAUUGCUUGCUUCCGAUUAACCGAAACCAGCCAAAUCAUGGCUUCUCUCGAAGACCUCCGCACCACAGUCACCACAUGGUACUACUGCGACCAGUGCGAGCGCAAAUACAAAAUAAAAGAAUCUCUAAAAACCCACAAAAUCCUCCAACACACCAACGACACAGAAAUUCGUUGGUUCCACUGUCCGUCCUGUUCAUACAAAGCCAAACAUAAAGGCUACCUAAAGCGACACAUAAACGCCUGGCACACGAACGAAGAAGACGUCAAGUGGCACAAAUGUGACGAAUGUCCCUACAAAGCCAAAAAAAGAUACAUUUUGAAAUCGCACAUCAACGCGCACCAUUCGCUCGGAGAGAACAUCAAGUGGUACAAGUGUGAACAAUGUCCAUUCAAAGCUAAACAAGUCUCGAAUUUAAAAAGCCACGUGAACGCGAUCCACGUGGACGUGGAAAGAGUCAAGUGGUACGGGUGCAAAGAGUGCAGCUACAAGAGCAAGUUCAGCUCGAAUUUGAACAAACACAUGAAGCGACAGCAUUCGGAGAGGAAGGAAGUUACGUGGUUCGACUGCGACAAGUGCGAUUACAAAAGUAAGCAGAAGUGUGAUUUGAUGAGGCACGUGAAUGCGAGGCACUUAAGUAAGGGGGAGGUGAAGUGGUUCGGGUGCGAAAAGUGUCCUUAUAAGGCCAAACAGAGCUACCAUUUGAAAUGUCACAUGAUUGCGAGGCAUAUGGAUAAGUAACGAUGUGUAUAGUGGGUUGCAUACACGCGGUGGGUGAUAAAGUGAGGUUGUGUUGUUUUAUUAGUACUUUAAAGUUGCUGAAACUUUCGCUUGUGGGUGAUUUGUCACUGGAGUGAAACGAACAAAGACGCAAACGCCCAAUUUUACGCACCAUUUGGACUAAUAAUGAUUAUUUUUUUGUUUAUUGGUUUGGGGCUUCUAGUUAUAAAACAAAAGUAACUAAAUUUGACAUUUCUGCUUCUGUCAUGUUAAUUUUGGGCAAUAAACAAUCAAAAUAGAACAAGUUUGUGUUAUUUAAGUCGAGAAAUAGCGUUUUGUCGUGUUAAUUUAACAUAAAUGGUGUUCGUAAUUACAAGAACAAGCUGAAAAUUGACUGGCUCGAUUUUGAGGUUAGGUUAAGAACUUUAUUUUGAUAAUGAGUUUACUACAAUGUCAAUUCUGGAUUCAGAAAAUUUUGUGCACCACUGUGAAGUUUGCCCCUAUUCUACGACCUCAUUUUUCCUCCUGGCGAACCACAUGAGACUCCACUGUUCCUCAGGGGUACCUUUCAAGUGUGAAAAUAGCAACAUCGAACCCUUUCUCUGCAAAAACUGCAACUUUCAGACAGACCUAACCCUACUUUUCAAACAACACGUUGAGAAACACCACAACGUCAAAAAAGAAACCGAAUACACGAUUCAAACGUACGUGUGUGAACGCUGUAGGUUUGAAACCCACUUUUUGAUUAAGUGGUAUCAACAUACUACGACAUGUCUGACUCGGAAUAACAAAAUUCAAGCGAAAUGUACAACCCGUGCGGAUAUUAAAUGGUCCGAAUGUCACGAGUGUCCAUACAAAACCAAAUACAGUUCGAAUUUAAAACGCCACACUUAUAGACACCACCCGAAACAAGAUAUUCAAUGGCAAGAAUGUGCCAAAUGUCCAUACAAAUCAAAACAAAAAAGCGACUUAACCAGACACGUGAAAUUCCAGCACUCAGAAGACGACAAUAUUCAGUGGCAUACGUGUAACAAAUGUCCAUACAAAACUAAACACAAGUCGGCUUUACGGGUGCACAUUAACGUUCAUCACUUGGACGAAAACGACGUCAAAUGGUUUCAGUGUAAGGAAUGUCCGUACAAAGCUAAAGACAGUUCGGUUUUACGCAGCCACACGAUCAGUCGCCACCUGGACGACAAGGACGUCAAGUGGUAUCACUGUGAAAACUGUACAUACAAAACGAAACACAAAUCAGCUUUAAAUUUACACAUAAACGUGCAUCAUUUGGACGAAGAGCACGUCAAGUGGUAUGAAUGCAAAGAGUGCCCGUUUAAAGCCAAAGACAGCUCGAGUUUGCGUAGUCACAGGAUCAAUCACCACUUGGACGAAAAGGAGGUUAAGUGGCACAAGUGCACAGAAUGUGCUUUUAAAGCUAAACACAGUUCUGACUUGAAAACGCACGUAAAAAGGAGACACUAAAUUUAUAUGUAUCAAUAAAGAUUUAAAAACGAG